AUCUCCGGUGAAGAUUGAUUCGCACGACGACGCUGGCGGCAUCAUCCGCCAGAACAAUUCUUUAUUCCAAAGCUUGAUUACCUUCCCUCUCUGCCUACUGGACAUUUGUGUAUGCGCAUGUGCUCUCCUCUCUGCUUCAGAUCCCAUCCGUCCUAGGUCAUCUACUUCGACGGCGUGAUUAUUCACAAGCGAACAGAUGAGUAUGGGGAGCGAGGAGAAAUGGUGCGUUGUUACUGGAGGGAGAGGUUUCGCUGCACGACAUCUCGUUGAGAUGCUGAUCAGUUCCAAGAUGUUUUCCGUUCGAAUCGUUGAUUUAGGCUCCUCCAUUGAAUUGGAAGCAAGCGAGGAGAAAGGGAUUCUCGGAGAGGCAUUGCGUUCUGGUCGUGCUCAAUAUGUUUCAGCCGAUCUUCGUGAUAAAGCUCAAUUGCUCAAAGCGUUUGAAGGAGUGGAGGUUGUCUUCCAUAUGGCUGCUCCGAAUUCAUCCAUUAACAAUUACAAACUUCAUUAUUCGGUCAACGUUGAAGGAGCCAGGAAUGUAAUUGAUGCUUGUGUCGAGAAAAAUGUAAAGCGGCUAAUAUAUACUAGUUCGGCCAGCGUAGUGUUUGAUGGGAUAAAUGGACUUGUUAAUGCAGAUGAGACACUGCCUUACGCAUCGAAGCACAAUGAUUUCUACUCUGCGACUAAAGCUGAGGGGGAAGCUUUGAUCCUCAAGGCAAACGGCUUAAAUGGACUUCUAACAUGCAGCCUAAGGCCCAGUGGCAUCUUUGGCCCUGGUGAUAGGUUACUGGUUCCAUCCCUAGUUGCUAAUGCGAGGGCAGGGAAAUCCAAGUUCAUUAUUGGUAAGGGCAACAACACCUAUGACUUUACUUAUGUUGAAAAUGUGGGACAUGCUCAUGUGUGUGCUGAGCGAGCUCUAGCUUCAGGAGGAAUGAUUGCAGAAAAAGCUGCAGGGCAGGCUUAUUUCAUAACCAACAUGGAACCCAUAAAGUUUUGGGAGUUUGUCUCACUUAUACUGGAUGGCCUUGGCUAUGAAAGGCCAAGAAUAAAAAUCCCUGCCUACCUAGUGAUGCCGAUUGCCCAUAUGGUGAACUGGAUUUAUACGCUUUUAGGUCCUUAUGGAAUGCCUGUUCCACAGUUUACACCUUCCCGUAUAAGACUCCUCUCUUGUUGUAGAACUUUUAACUCCUCAAAGGCCAAGGAUCGACUUUUCUAUACCCCCAUUGUUUCACUUCAGGAGGGUAUAGAAAGGACAAUAGAAGCCUACUCCCAUUUAAAGGCUGUGCAUCAGCAAAAAAGAGAAGGGCCAUCCAAAGCCUCAAUAUACCUCAGAGGAGGAACGGCUGCUGACAUUUUACUCUGGAAGGAUAAAAGGAAGACAUUGAUAGCAUUGCUAGUUUUGAUGGCUAUUUAUUAUAACUUCAUUGCUCCUGAGUGUACCAUGAUCACUGCACUGUCGAAGCUUCUCUUGGUGGCAUUCAUAUUUCUGUUUAUUCAUGGGAUUUUACCAGAAAAAAUGUUUGGAUAUCAAGUUGAGAAAAUUUCCUCUUCAUGUUUUUCCUUGUCAGAAGAGAGGUCACGAAGCAUUGUCAUCAAUAUAGCAUCAUUUUGGAAUUCUUUCGUUAGAAAUUUUAAAUCUCUUUCCAGAGGGAAUGAUUGGGUGCGCUUGCUUAAGGUUUCUGUAGCACUGUUGGCUCUUAGCUUUAUUGGACUGGUUUCUCUUCAAACUUUAUAUAAGACAGUUGUUCUAUUCGCCUUCACAGUUUUCUUCAUAUACGAGAAAAAGGAGCAAGAGAUCGAUUCUUUGUGUCAAAAAUUUCAAUUUUGGACGCAAAAGAAAUGCAAUGUGGUCGGAAAAGUUUCUACUUCACAAGAAUAACGUGAUUAGUGCAAGUUGUGUUUAUACUAAGUGGCACCAAAGUUUACGUCCUCAUCUUGCAUUUCUGCCGAAGUGGGCUCAUGCCCUGUUACAAAUUUAAUAAGCUUUAUUCCGUGUCUCUGUUGGUUAUCUUUUUCCAUUUCCCCCUAGGGCUCGUGUAAUUUCUUUCGCUCGUUGACAAACCUCCCCACCCUCAAAUAUAUAUGAAGAAUUAAUUUAUUUCAAUUUUACAUAUUACAAUGUCAAGACGUUAAUUAUUUCAGUUGAAGAUGGUUUGGGACAUGUA